AUGGCUGAGAUACCCAGUGUCUUAUUUGUCUGCGUUCACAACGCUGGACGCUCGCAGAUGGCUGCCGGCUUCCUUUUCCAUCUCGCAGGUGACACCAUCGAAGUUCGCUCCGCCGGAUCGGCCCCAGCCGACUCUAUCAAUCCCGCCGUCGUCGAAGCCAUGCGUGAAGAAGGAAUCGACCUCAGCAACAACAGUCCCAAGAUCCUAACUGCCGACGCAGUGCAAGCUAGCGAUGUUGUCAUUACUAUGGGAUGUGGGGACGUGUGCCCCUUCUAUCCUGGCAAGCGCUAUCUCGACUGGCAACUUGACGACCCCGCUGGGCAAGGCUUGGACGCUGUACGGGCCAUCCGUAACGAUAUCCGUCAUCGUGUUGAGAAACUCAUCACUGAACUCCGGUCUCAUAGUCCAGCAUUUUGA